AAAAAUCAAAGGCUUGCUGGGCCGGAGGGCCGGUCGCCUUCGUCGCCUCCUUCCUUCCGGUGGCCCCCGCCAUGGGGCCUCUGCCUCGCCCCCGGCUCCCACGGCAACCUUCGGGCCUUCUUCCCUUCCCUCCGGGCUCUCGAGGCACCAGGAGGGGAGCCGCCACGGCAGCGGAUCUCCACUGAGGGUUUUUUUUCUCCUGCAAAGACGGCUUGGCGGCUGCGGCUGGACCAGUGAGAUGCCCGCGGGCAGCCCUUCUCCCCGGCGUGGCCCUCCUCCGACGUCAGGCCUGCCAUGACCGCCUUCUUCACCAGUGUUCCCCAUUGGAUUCAAGAUGCCAAGCAGGAAGAGGAGGAGGAGGAGGAGGUGGGCUGGAAACUAGUGGCCCGGCCCAAAGCCCGGGAGAGCGAGGGCCCAGGGAAGUGCCAGUACGAGCUGUCCAGGGUGGCCUUCCCCGGCGUGGAGAAGCUGAGAGCCAGCCCCGAAGCCAGACCCUACUGCUGCCCUCAGCUGCACUGCGGCAAGGCCUUCGCCUCCAAGUACAAGCUCUACAGGCACCUGGCCACCCACUCGGCCCAGAAGCCCCACCAGUGCAUGUACUGUGAGAAAAUGUUCCACCGGAAGGACCACCUGCGCAACCACCUCCAAACCCACGACCCCAACAAGGAAGCCCUCCACUGCCCCGAGUGCGGCAAGAACUACAACACCAAGCUGGGCUACCGGCGCCACCUGGCCAUGCACGCGGCGGCCAGCGGCGACCUCAGCUGCAAGGUCUGCCUGCAAGCCUUCGAGAGCACCCAGGCGCUGCUGGAGCACCUCAAGGCCCACUCCCGCCGGCCCUCGGGCAGCGCCAAGGAGAAGAAGCACCCCUGCGACCACUGCGACCGGCGCUUCUACACCCGCAAGGACGUGCGGCGCCACCUGGUGGUGCACACGGGCCGGAAGGACUUCCUGUGCCAGUACUGCGCCCAGCGGUUCGGCCGGAAGGACCACCUGACCCGGCACGUGAAGAAGAGCCACUCGCAGGAGCUGCUCAAGAUCAAGGCGGAACCCGUGGACAUGUUGGGCCUGCUCAGCUGCAGCUCGGGCGUGGCCGUGAAGGAGGAGCUCAGCCCCGUCCUCUGCAUGGCCUCCCGGGAGGUGAUGGGCGCCAAGAGCUUCCCCGGCAUGCUCCCCAUGGGCAUGUACGGAGCGCACGUCCCAGCCAUGCCCGGCUCAGGGAUGCCCCCCUCGCUGGUCCCCAACCCUCUGCCCAUGGGGAUGAGCUACCCUCUGGAACCCGCCUCCCCAUCCCAGCCUCCCCCAAAGUACCAGCUCGGAUCUACCUCAUACUUCCCCGACAAAAUCCCCAAAGUGGAGAUGGACAGCUGCCUGGCCGAGCUGCCCGGAGGCCUUUCGCUGAUCGCCGGCGACCCUUCCUCCUCCUCCUCCUCCUCCUCCUCCCCGCCUCAGCCCGCCAGCCUGGAGGAGACGCUGCUCUCCAAGAGCCCCGCGCUCCUCUCGGAAGCCCUCUGUGCUGCUAACAUGGACUUCUCCCACCUCCUGGGCUUCCUGCCCUUGAACCUCCCUCCCUGCAACCCCCCCGUCUCCUCGGGGGGGCUAGUGAUGGGUUAUUCCCAGGGGGAGGCCCAGCCUCUCCUUGCCACUCUGCCGCCCCAAGAAUCCCCCCCGGGAAGCGGGCCUUCGCUCGGCUUCGGCCCGCUGCAUCCCUUGCCCUCGGUCUUCUCGCCGGGCUUGGGCGCCACGACGUUGCCACGUUUCCACCAAGCAUUCCAGUGAGGAGAGAGAGAGAGAGAGCGCUGGACGUUAAAGCAGAGCAGCGCCGGGCACGUGGAUCGUUGGGACGGCGGGAGGGGGGGGCGAGG